UGAGUGGUACCAUGAUGAAGCCUCAAGCUUUGCUUUGCCAGACUAGGCUAUUUACGUAAGCAAUCCAUAGUCAUUUGUUUGGAGAAGAAAAUCAUUCAUGUUCGAACAUGUAGCCGAUGGAAACAACCACCAAGGACCAAAUCAUUUCGAAAGACGCAAAACAUCACGGCUUGGAGUCCGUUCGGCAUUGCUGCGAUGCUUUUUCCUAACGCUAGUGAUCUUCCCGAUGCUGGUACAAUUCCAUCACGUAUACUUCAUGACAAGAAUGCCGCGCUUGCAACACGCAUCCAUGCAAACAUUUCGUGCUCCGAAUGGUACUAGUUCCAAGACGCCGUUUGGACAAGGCCCUCAGUUCUUCCCUUCCAAUCAAACCGUCCAAGGGUUUGGCGCCUGCCUCAUGAUCAAAGACGAUACCGACCUAUUGUACGAAUGGCUAGCAUAUCACGUUACUAUGUUACCGUUGCGCUAUGUCGUGGUCGGUCUUGAUGUCAAUAAUUCACAGGAUCCGACGCCUAUUUUGCAACGCUACACCGAAAUCACUCACCUCCGCUUCGUUGUUUGGAACGUUUCCGACGUUGACAACUCCAUUAUCCCGAGCAAGAACACAACUGGAGGUAACGAAACUGCGCACCAUACUUUAAUUCAACGGCAAAAGGAUUUUGUACACAAGUGCUUCAGGUUUCUGCGCAGACAAAGGGUUGGAUGGACUGCUUUGAUCGAUACGGACGAAUUUGUCGUUUGGAAUCCUGUCGGGGGCGAUGAAUCGCAGCUUUUGGAACGACUUGGCCCAGUUACCGACCUUGAGCUCUACCAGUUGCGAAUGUCUCUGUCAGCCGUCGAGCCAGGCACCUCGUUGCUUUCGGAGACUUCCACUGUGUGGCAGUCUUUGACUUCUUGGCAGAGAAACCACGUUCUGCCGCACGAGACUUGUUAUACCAUGCCACGAUUGCUAAUUGGUUCUUUUGAAAACACUACGUGCUCACCUCGUGCGGAAGACAUCCGCAAACAAGCACGUGUCUUUGGCGAGUUUCCCCGGGAUCACCGACGGCGUUCACAGUCGGGAGAAACCCAGAAAAACGCUACGCUUCAACAUUCUAGCAAUAGACGAAUCCUUCAAACGUUGCAGUACAUGCAUCACGCGCCAAAAGGUGACUUUGCAUCCAACAAGUUUGGCAAGGUUCUAUUGGACAUCUCUCGCAUUCCGGAGUACAUGCUGCAGUCAAAAUCCCUACGAAAUAUUCAUCGCCCUUACAAAGACCUUUGUGGUCCCGCAGUCUCGCACUUUCUGUCAGCUCCUCUAAUCGUACAUCAUUACCUGGGGAGCUGGGAUCGCUAUCGGGCUAGGCCCGAUGCCCGACGGAACCGGCACGAAUGGAGUAAACGGGCAGGUUUCUACGUAGAGAACGAUGUGUUUCGCGGGUUCUGCGAAAAUGUUGUCCGUUGGUUUCCACGAUUCGUGGCAGCGGUUGGAGACGGCGCUGGUCAGUAUUUGCUGGGCAUAUCCGAUCUUACGCGGUCUACGCGAUAACGGUAUUCAGCAAUUCAAAUUCAAAUAUGUUUUGCCGGUCGGCGCGUCCCCGGUUGCCAGCAUUCUUAUUGACAGUUCUGACUGACAUGACACCGAGAACUGGUGAAAAAGCAGUUUUGAUCGUUACAACACUGGUGGAUGACGGGUCCAACAACCAUGAUCAAGUGCCACAGCGCACCAGGACGCUUUGUCGGAAACCAAUCAAACAAAUGCACAACAAUAGAAUAUAAGAACUGAACCAACGCAAUGGACAACGCAGGCCACAUGUAGCUAAUCUAUAUUUUGGUAUCAUUACAGAGACAUAUGGAGUCGUGGCACCGCUCACUGUCAGUAUUCUUCCAAAGAAAGUUGGUCGUUCAGAUCGGGAAGGUGCAGGACAGUAGAGUAACGGGAAACACUAGUUUCACCACUUCCACAAUUCACGUGCUCUGGGGAAAUCAAACGCACGGCGCUGACUCGUUCUUCCCAAAACGAGUCAGGAUCGGAUGAAAAACAGUCCAGGUCCAAGUCUUCACAUAGUGACUUUUCGUCGUGAGAGGAUAGAGAAAAGUCAUCACAUUCUGUCAUAACUUGAUCAUAAUCAAUGUCCCCAGUACCAAAGUAGACUGCAUAAUCAACUUCAUCCUCCAAGGUUUUUCCGGCAUUCACAAGGUUCGCCUUGACCGUCCAAGAAAUCACUUCACUCAAUUGUUCUCGUUCAUCCAGCUCCUCUUGACUGGCAGGGGAAAACGGGUAAGGCGAUAUGAUUCGAGGUGCGGAUACGUCCAAAAUUUCUUCCUCCGUAUCAAUACGAUUUGCUCGAUUGAAUGAAGGGCCUGCCGUGCAAUCCGAAUCUGGAAAUCGAAAAAUUGUUGUCGGCGCAAUGUUUGCAUUAUGUGUCAUUAAUGGGUCUCGAGAAGGAGAGGCUUCUCCGGCAGCUAAAGGGCGCAAUUUGGAAGUGAUGAAAGAUGAUUCCCCAGAAAGAACGACACGAGUCGUCUUAGUAUCUCUUGAUUGAUGACUCAUGAAAAGAUGAUAGAUGCUGUCCAACUGAAAGACAAUCGUUUACUUUCGCCUUUUUCU